UGCUACACCGGUCCAUUGUACAGCGCCGGACAACACCCGGAGGGCAAAGCAUAGAUUUACUGGUUAUCUAACCGGUACGAUGUUGUAGCUGAAACGGCCGAUGAUCGACUGCACCGACGAUGUGGGUCGCCAGACGGUUCUUGUCAUCGGUCGUUAAGAGAAGUCAGUAUACGGGGCAGUCUGGUCUGUUCCGCCGGCCGAAGCACGGCUCCCUCCCUGAGCUAGAUCUGCGGUACCUCCAGUGCACAUGCUGCUGGAGGAGCCGGGUUCCCGUGGCCGGCUUGGAGACCCUGAACGCCGCCCUCACCAGCGCGUCCGAGCCCUGCACGGGGGACGACAGCGGACCCCUGGACGACCGCUACACGUCCGGGCAGCGCGACGCCAUCCUCCUGCUGCUCAACACCGCCUCGCCGGCAGAGCUGGCCGGCGUCAAGCUGCUGCGAGGCCGCAAGUCGCUGAACAUCGUGGAGUACAGGACUAAGAACGGGCCCUUCACAACUCUGGAGAGUGUGGUGAACGUGCCGCUGCUGAAGCACAAAAGCGCAGUCGUGGUGUUCAACGCCAUCCUCCACCCAGUGAAGAAGGAGAAGAGGGUGAGGAUACAGCUGGCCAAGUUCAUCAGACCGGAGGUGGACAGGUCCUGGUUGGAGAAUGCCAAUUCCAUAGUGUCAAUAGUGUGUGGCACUAAUAAAAUCGCCUGGGCAAACGUGGACCGUGGGAUGACCGUACUGGAAUGGCAACAGAAGGAAUGUCCUAAUUUCUUGACGGGAACCUACACGGCUUCUGCUUACUUGAACGAUGUUUCUGCAGUCGUGUCACUCCUCCCUUCUGCCGACUUCUUCAUUGUAGAGAAACCCUCAAUUUCAGUCCAGAACACGACUCUGUUCCCCGUCAUGGCCCACAUGAGGACGGUGGAGGCCAUGUUGUUUGCUCUCCUGGAGCCCAAAAACUCUGUGCCAGAUUCCAACAUUCCUCCCAGAGUUUUGAACAUGAUGCGAACUGGUGUGGGACGCCAUUUUGGACUUAUCGUGGGUGAGUGUCGCACCAGCGGGGCGCAGACAGUGCGACAGCUGAUGACUGAGUCGGUCACGCAGAAGGUUCCAAGGAUAAACUUUCCCCCAGAGCUGCUGGCCAGGUACAGGAACCACUUCCAGAUGGGGAGCAGGAGAGGAGGAGAGGAACUCUGCGAUGCCCUGCUUCAGGCUUUGGCUUUUUUUGAGCUGCUCAGUCAAUCUUCCAGUUAGCUGCCCCCGGGACCGAGCUCAUGCCACGACCAUGCUGCCUACUUUCACUGAAACAAGCCUCCACCUGUAACCAAACCAAACUACCUGAACAGAUAUAGUGGUGGUUGAUGUCAUAUUUAAAGAUAUGAAUGUUAUGGUUAAAUAUUCAGGAGGCUGAGAAGGAUGGUCACUGCAGUGUUCAGUUAUUUCUGCUGUUGAAAUCUUGUUGGAUUUGGACACAAGCACAAACUAAUUGUUGUGAGCAAUCUUUGGGAUUUCAAAUCACUUGGUUUGUGUUUGACUUUAUGCAGUUAACCUUUAACAAUAAAAAAAACACAUUGUGGUUAUCAUCAACAA